CCUCGUCUCUCCCGUCUCUCCAGAUGAGGAACUUGGACGAGUGUCUGACCCUCUGCGUGGCCUAUAAAGCUUUCCGCUGCGAGACCGUCGUGCACAAACCUCUUGACCAGCAGUGUAUGCUCCUCGCCUCCCACUACCACGACAUAAACUCUUCUUACAUCAAACCGGAGAGUGAUUCCUGGAUUCAUUCAAGAUCGUACCUGUCCGACUACAGCCCCGUCUUCGGUGGCGUGGCUCUGAACACCUCAGGUCCUACGUAUGAAAAUGUGGAUCACCUAGAGGCGUGUGCUCGAUAUUGCUCACUAGAAACGAGCAUCACGUGCCAGAGUUUCGAGUGGUGUCACGAUCAGCGCCUGUGUCAUCUACAUCAAGAGCAUUUCCUGGACGUGGUUAACGGAGGCAAUUACGGCGUUGAUACUUCGUGCAUCCACUUCUCCAAGCGAAACGAUCAGAUGUUUUCACGGUAUCCUCAUCAAGGACUGGCCAACGACAAACACAGACUGGUUGCCUUCAAGACAGACGUUUCGAGCUGCGCCAAACUUUGUGUCGAAGAAAGUGACAUGACCUGUCAGAGCUUUGACUUCUGCACUGCAUGCGGGGACGACGAAUACAACGUCUGCGGGGAAGAUAACUCCGGCUCAACCAACUUGUGUUUCUUGUCCAACCACCACCUGGGCGAGGACGGAAUCGCUCUCACCGCUGCCACCAGUUGCGAACAUUAUUCCCGUGAAGUUUUUGGUGACGUUGACUACCCUACUUGGGUCUCAAGGCAGAGAAAGUCUGACAAACCAUACACUUCAGGCGACAUGGCGGGGUUGGCUUUCGGCAUGAUUUUCCUGGGCAUCUUGGUCGCCGUCGCCUUCCUCUUCGGCCUGACCUACGCCAAGCCUUCGUCAGUGCCCAAGGACUUCUCCAUCAGCUUCGUCAACCUCAAGACGGGCGAGUCGGAUAGUUAGCUCUCGCGGUAGUUCGAUGGUUAAGAAGAACUGAAUUGAGUCUUCUUUGCUUUUUUUUUCUCUCUUGUUUCUUUUCUUUUCAUUUU